GGUACAUGCGUUCUUCCCCUCUUGUCCUGGAGGUAUAUAAGGGCUGCAGCAUCCGUCGGAACGUAUUGACGAGCAUACUCUCAAUUCCAAGUUGAUGAUAUAACAGUCAAAAUGAAGAGAACCGCCGAGGUUCCUGAUGAGUAAGUGAUACUUCUCCAUGUUGUGUUGUUUGCGAGCUUAUUUUUCCAGAACCGAUGUCAUCGAGAGAUCGAUUCAGGCUUUGUGUAAACAGCCAACGAAGACAAUCGACAACACUGAAGAAGCAUAUCAGCUUCACAAAUCGAACCAGAAAUUAAGCCGGAGCCAGAACCAGAACUACAUGUGCGAGUCCCUGGAAACCCUUGCUCAGAUGACGUCGCGCGGCAUUCCUCCUCCAUCUCCAACAACCCAUCCACCUUCUUCCCCAACGGGGCAGCAGCGGUCACAAAGCGUUCCACCAGAGCUACGUAGCCUCACGACAGAAGUGAUACUCAUCCUAGAAUGCUCCGCGGGCCCCGUGCUCUUCUCAUUCCUCCUAGGCGACGUAACGGUACCCUAGCGGCAACUCAAGGAAGCACUGGGGGUCAGAAACAGCAAGAUACCGUAGCUAAUUGGCGCUUUCAACGUAGCCAACAGCCCUUCCAUUAUCAUUCCGGGGUCAUUGAUGGAUCUCACUCUGCCCAAGAGUCUCAUGGUGGGCGCGUUUAGAUGGCUGACAAUCUGGAAUGACAUUGGGGUAUUUUCGAUCAAACCAG